CCCAGAUUCGCCAGAGUCUUCCGGGGUCGCGACCACAGGUCACAGAACCCCUCGAUCUAAAAAUGGCGGCUUCUGCAGUGAGGGGUGCUGUGGCGCUGCGUACGAGUAUUAGCCGGCCCGUGGCUUUUGUCAGAAAAAUUCCCUGGACCGCGGCCUCGAGUGAGCUGAGAGAACACUUUGCACAGUUUGGCCAUGUACGAAAGUGCACUGUACCCUUUGACAAAGAGACUGGAUUUCACAGAGGUAUGGGUUGGAUUCAGUUUUCUUCAGAAGAAGAACUUCAGAAUGCACUACAGCAAGAAAAUCAUAUUCUUGAUGGAGUAAAGCUCCACGUUCAAGCUCAAAGACCAAAAGUUUUGCAAGGGGAUCAAACAUCUGAUGAAGAGAAAGAUUUUUGAGACUAUUACUACCUAUUAAAGUAAACAAAAUUAAAAAUUUU